AUAGGGCAGUUCAUCUUAAAACGCUGCGCGGCUCUCGUUGGCUGCGGCGCUAGGAGACGUCAUCCAGCAGGCGCGCUCCGCGCGUCCGUCUCAUCCACGGUCUCCUCCCACUGUAGGAACAGCUGUUGACCGUGAACCGUGGACUGCGUGGUCCGACACGAACAACCUGCAGACGGGAUCGCGAGUCUGGGUGGGCUUCGACCGAGGAGAAACACAGAGAGAGAGAGAUUUCAUUUUGCUUUUUGAUUGAUUGGUUUUUAACAAAAGCUACGCACAAGUUUCACCAGGUUUCCUUUGAAUGGGACAGUUUCCUUGAACAUCAGCCAUGGCGAGCCGACUGCUUCACUUGCUGCAUGUAUUGAUGCUCCUGGAGUGCAGCAGCAUGGGUGAACUCGUCGUGUCCGAGGAGCUCGGCGAAGCCCCGGUGCGUCCGGGCGCCGACGCGGCGGCACCGGCCGCGGGGGAUCGGCGCGUCUUUGCGCACGAGCGCGCCAACCGGGACAUGGUCUCCAUCGACAUGUUCAAGGUGUACGAGAGGUACAGCAAAGAGCCGCAGAGCCUGCGGCACGGGAACACCGUGAGGAGUCUCAAAGCUGUCCCGGGAGUCUCACAUGGCAAAGAAGUGUUCCAGUUCAACCUGUCCUCCAUCCAAGACUCGGAGCUCAUCCUCUCUGCGUCUUUCCACUUCCUCUACAAGCGGCAACGCCACCAGCAGCGGCCGUGGCGUUUCCGAAGGCCUCGCCACCCGUCCGGCGGCCUCCAGCACUCCCAUCCUUCCUCCCCGCAGCUCCUCUUCCGUGGAUCGUCCCCAAACUCUGCUUUCGCAACGCCGCUGGGGAACGUAACCCUGGCUCCUUUCAAGAAAGGCUCUUGGCAAUCGAGGGAUGUAACGGCAGUGGUGAAACGCGCCAGGUACGUCAACGAGCCCGUGGUAACAGUGGAGUUUGACAUGGAGUUCGGGGCGACUCGAACGCAGCAGAGGAGCUCUCGCGAACAAGAGCGUCUCUCUCCAGCCAACCUGCCGUAUAUCCUCGUGUACGCAGACGAUCGAGCUAUAGAUGAGCCAAACAGUGUGGCCAUGUCACUCCAGCGGUACGGGCCCUUCCCCGUGGGGGGCGACGCUUCCUCCGCGGCCUCCAGGAUCCGGAGGGAGCUUCAUCUACAGAUCCAAACGAAUGAUGUCCCAGAGGUCCAGUUCAACACCUUGAAGAAUCACGAGCUGUGGCAGAACACAUAUUUCCCGGCCAAGGCCAAGGCAGCAGUCAAACCGGGGAGGAAGCAGCCGGGUCAGGAGAGCAGCGGCGGUCUCGGUAAGCCACCGGUGCUGAGCUUCGAUGAGCGGACGAUGAAGAAGGCCCGGAGGAGACAGUGGAGUGAGCCCAGGGUUUGCUCCAGGAGGUACCUCAGGGUGGACUUCGCCGACAUCGGCUGGAGCGAGUGGGUUCUGGCGCCAAAGUCUUUCGAUGCCUACUACUGCGCCGGGACCUGUGGCUUCCCCAUCCCCAAAGUGGUGCGGCCCUCCAACCACGCCACCAUCCAGAGCAUCGUCCGAGCCGUGGGCAUCGUGCCCGGUGUGCCCGAGCCGUGCUGCGUUCCAGAGAAGAUGAGUGCCCUCAGCGUGCUGUUCCUCGACCCGAGCAGGAAUCUGGUUCUCAAGGUUUACCCCGGCAUGUCUGUGGAUACCUGUAGCUGUCGGUAGGGCUGGUGCAACGUGGGGGAUGUGGGACAUGACUGCGGAUUGAGUUUUUUCACGGCAAGAAGUCAAUUUUCAGACCCGAGGACAGUUGUGGUGAGACACGACUGAGAAAGACUGGAACUCGAGCGAUAUGACUGUGAGAGCUACGGCUCCGGACUCUCUGUCCGAAUAACUUUUCUCUGAGCUCUUGGGACUUGUUUGGUGUCGACCCAUGGUUUGACAGAUUGUCGUAGCUUUUUCCUCCCGAUCUAACACAUUUCUUGGCCUUUUUUUCCUUUUGGUCCAAUUUCAUUGAUUUUUUUUACCCUCCUUCAAAAAAAAAGCUCAAGAAUGUGCACUUGGACAAACAAACAGAGUAUUAAUCUCUGUGUUGAUUAGCUGGAUGCUGGUUUAAGAACAGAAAUCCAGGUAAUUUUUUUAUUGAUUCUUUAUGUUCUUUUUCAGUGCAUUUUUGCUCCUGUUUUACAUUUGGACAAAAAGGUGAUUUUUGUCUGAUUUGAUCUUGGGAAAGGACUUGAUUUCCUCUGGUCUCAGUCUGGACUCCACUGAAACUGGAUUUGGAAUCUACGGCCCUGCGUGAGAAACACAUAGCCCUUAUAGGCUCACAGUGAAACCUUCUGACAUCAGUCCCCCUCGCUGCUUACCACCGUCUUCCAGAAUCCGGACAGAAGUUUGGACAAACCAAUGAAACUGCACAGUGACUCACAGACUCAGGAGGGUUUUGAACACAGAGAGGUUGACUGGCAGCACGCUCACAUUCCACCACAUUAAACAGCCGUUGACGUGUAAAUACUGAAGCAACUAACGCAAACUAAAUUGUACUUAUUUUCCCAGUGUGACGCAUUGAUGUGAACGAAGUCCCCUAUCAUAUUAGCGAGAAAUGUUAUUCAUGCAUGAGAUAAUAUCUUUUUUUUUUUAAAUAUAUUCUUGUAUAUCUUGUAUAUAAUGUGUGUAUUUUUCUCCACAGAGUUUAAGGCAACACAAGCAUUGUGUUGCAUGUUUUUGUUAUGGGCGAAGAAUGGCAAAGAGGGAAAAAAAAUGGUGCAUUGCUGCCACCUGCUGUGUAUUUUGGGGGGAAAUUAAGGGAAAUUAAUUUUCAAAUCAAAAGUUGCAAGUUCUUCCUGUGACUAUGCAAUAUUUCUACUUCCCACAUACAUUCCAUUUAUCCACUGUUAUAAUACAUGUACAGUUUGUAAUAUGUACAGUAAUUAGAAAAGGUUCACAUAGCAACUAAACUAGCUAAGAUCAUAUUCAAGUAGUUUGAUGUCUGCUUUAACAAACCACAGACAUAAUGUGGGCUUGGUUUGGGGAAAAAACGGAAUUGUACAUACAGCCAAAAACACGUAUUGGCUUUAUAAUGUUAUAUUAAAAAACAUAUUUAAAGCAUAGAUCGAGAUGUGUACAUAGAUAAACCUGUUGUACAUCAAAAUAAUAUACAAUAAUAUUGUCAUAUCAACCAUACACACACAACAGAUAAUACAUUGGAUUACCUGUAUUUUAUUUUAAAGUUGUCUGUGCUACUAUUGAUUUUCUUUUCUUUUCUCUAUUAAAUAACAGGAUUGGGACGAGUAAAUUUGUCAAUUGCCAUGAUUAAGAGAGUUUUAAUGGUCCCCGAUGAUCUAAUUGCUGUUUCAAAGCCUUUUGCAACUGAUGUGAGAGAUAUUCUCGGGCACAUCUGAACUUCUUGACCUUAAAACUGACAUAUAUUGACUAUGGGAACAAAACACUGUUACGUUGGCUUUUGCUGCCCACAAUGAAUAUCAGUACCAAUCAUCACCAUAGGCAAUUGGGCAAACCCUAAUAAAUUGAAUAGGUUUACCUCCCAAA